AUGCGCCGAUUCUAUGAUGUCCUCAUCUGGACCCAUGUGAACCCUUCGAUUUCUCGGUAUUUCAGCACGGAGUUCUUUCAAUUGUUUGGCCGUCAUCCGACUUCUAUUCCCCCCUCUCGGCCUCAACUCGAAGUCACUACGAAGACGAUAGAACACGUUCCACCGAUCUCGCACUCGCUAUGGAAGGAACAGCUAAAAUUUUUUGAAAAUGAAGUGUACUCAAAUCCGAACAGUGUGGAUAACACGGUGUGUUUGAACACAUUGAAGUGCUUCAGUACAUUUCUUUCUCAUCCAGCGCAUCGGAGAUCUGUGGCUGUAGAAAUGCUAUGGAAGAAGGCCCUGGAAGUUCUCUCCGCAUCUCAUAUUGGAGGCGAAGCAGUUGUACAAAAUAUGGUAUAUACCGCUUUUAUACUGUACUACAGCAGAAAAUACCUCGAGUGUAAGGAACUGACGUAUUCGGCUCUAGGUCCAAUCUUCCAAGAGACGUCAACCGAGCUCACGUCGCUGCCUCAGUAUCAAGCAUUUCUGCAAUUACUGAGUCUUUAUGUUCUUUCUGGCAUGCAGGUUGGGCAUAGGAUUGAUACCAAGGCGCAGCUGACUUCCACACGUCUUCUUAGCGAAUCCGUGCGUAAAAUGCGGAAUGCUACUAAUAAAAGUGAGCAGCGCUUGGUUGCGAGCUCCAUUCUACUUUUACUUUACAGCUAUGACUGGGUUUACCACUUUUUAUCCACAACUGGCCAAUCAUCAGCCAAUGGACUCGAUAACUCGUUUGUAAUGCGGUUGCGUUCACUGGGACCUAGUUGGGCAAAGAGUUUGUUUCAGAAUUCACCACAAUCUACCAGGGAAGUAGUUUCUGCGAUAUCUCAGCAGCCGCAGAGAAGCCCACCUUCACUCUUUUUCAUCACCGGAAGGCAGGCAGAGACGGAGGGAGAUGUGAAUUCAUUACGUAUUCUGCUUCAAAGCAGCAUCAAAAUGGAGGAAGCUUUUCCAAACAUCCGUGUGUUUGGAAUGUCUGUGCUGUUGGCUGACAUUUUCAUGAAAAUUCAAAAGAGAGGGGGUGCCCUCGCAGAACGGGCGUUGGAUUACGCGGGUGGGUCCCUUAGCGCGGAAACCUUAGCUAUCGUUGGGGACACUUCGUGGGGGUAUAAAAAAGCAAUUUAUUGGCUUACUGAGAUGCGCGGACCGGAGGCGUAUUUUGCUCUAAAAAAAAUUUUAUUCCAUAAAGAUCCUUCCGUGUUUGCAGAGUUGCAGGAGUCCCAUGGGGAUGUACUAACGGGAAAGAGGGGUGCCAAUUGGAAGGCGGCGCUUGCUCAGAUCAAUUCCUCUCUUUCGUUCGCAGAUUCUACUUGGCGUAGGCAGCUCCCUACAACACUUCGCCUCUUGAGCGAUGCGGACAGGAAAAAAGAAUUUUUUGAUCUCAUUCGCGAGUAUGACUUACGGGAUGGGACGCACAACCUCAUGGUGGCGGCCUCGCUUGCCCAAAUGCUACGGCGCUCUGGCAAGUGGUAUCACUACAAUCAGGUGAUCGAUUUAAUAGCCGCCUCGAACAUUCCGCAAAGUGAGGAGGGGGAUGGGUUUCUGAAGGAAGCCUGUCUUCAAACCAUAUACGCGUUGCGCAACGCGAACCGGUGGGAGGAGGCACUUUCCACGUACGCGCUCAUGAGGUCGGUUAUGCCGGCUCAGGUUCACCGGCUAUUAUGCUUUAUGAUAUGCGGCAUGCCGCCCUCUUCCCCUUGGCAAAACGCGCUUCAAACGCUCUCCGCGGUCGCGCCGGUUCCUCCGGAAUGCCUGAAGACAUUGGCGUGCAUGUACGGCGAUGACGACGAGGUUCCUCAAACACCACGUGAACGAAAGUACAUACUUCACGGGCUGAUUCGAGUGGGCCGCUGGGAGACGCUCUUGAAGGUUGCCAAGGCCAACCCUGAUGAGGUGGAGUGUUGGAUUGCAUUUUUUAAGGCCUCGGAGGCCUGCGGGUGUGUGGUGCCUUACGAGGCCUCUUUACUACGUCAGACCCCAUUGAGUGUGUGGCGCGACGAAAGGGUUCUCAAGCAAGCAUUUCUCAGCAGUUUCGCUAAUGGCUUUCUGAAGGAGCUUGAUGAGGUUCUUGAAGAAAUAUCGGGACAGUGUUCACUUUCAAAGGAGGUGUCUGGACUGAUUAGGUUUUUAGUACAUGGGAGGACUUCAAAAGGGACACAAAUUUCGGAUUCAUACCUGGGUCACUGUUAUACAUCUUUUGUAUCUGCUUUCAAGGGGAAAAUUUGUGUUUCCAUUGAUCCCAAGGUUUCUAAGGGGCCUCAACCAUCCUCAACAGAUCGGCGAGGCGACCUGGCUGCGUGGUUCAAGGUCCCGGAGUUUUGUAUUGCCCGUGCUCAAUCAGGUUCUGAUACAUCCUACUACCUACAGCCCUUUCCUUUAGUUAAUACGAUCCCCAAGCAGCUGUUUUACGCAAACAGUGAGAUCGUGAUAGGAUACAAACCGAUUGGGGCUUCGAUACAGUCUGUCGCAAGAGGAGUUCUUCGUUUUGUAGAUACCCAUGGAACUUACCGCAUAGGGUUUUUGAUAGCACCCAGCGCAAGUGGGCUGUUUUUGCUACGAAAAUCUGUCAUUGGAGUCAAAAAUAUGGAACUGACUCUCCAGAUUGAGAUGGAACUCAUACCUUGCAGUGUCUGUCCCUCGCCUUUGCUCUCCGCUAAGUUUUUUGCGCGUUACAAGAUGGUAUUUCUUGACCGGAGUAAAUCAGAAGGUGUAGUGAAAUUGCUUGCUACCCUUUCAAGAGUCCCUUUAGCGUCUGCUAACGACAUGAUAAGGAACCUUAAGAUGGAUCUUAAUUCUGAAGGCUGGACCUUUGUGGAGGAGGAUGUAGAUUUUGGGGACUCUUACCGUGUCAGGCAACUGAACGUGCUUGAUCUACAUUUGGGGAAACAUUCACAAUUUACUAUUCCUUCGUCCCGUCUCAAAAACUACUCACAUUAA